AUGUCGUCAGUGAUCGACUUUGUUUCAGAGAGUCUGAAGAGGAACCCAUUGCCUCGGCAAGCUCUUCGUGAGGAGCUUCCUACCGGCUGGAAGAAGAUCGAGUCACGAACCAAACCAGGCACCUAUUAUUAUGCUCAUCCAGCGACGAACCGUACGCAGGUUCAACCACCCAGUGGAACAAAGCAAGUGCCUGCAAAUGGUGCGGAUCAAAAGAGUGCUGACAAGGCCCAAGAGGACGAGGCCAGGAAAAGUGCACAACUAGCGGCUGAAAAGGAUCAGGAAAGGAAAAGGAAAUAUCAGGAGGUUGAGGAAGAAGCCGAAGCAGAGGAGGAACUGGUUGAGGAGGAGAAGAGACGAAUUAAAGCUGCCAAGAAGGCCAAAGAGCUGGAACAGAAAAGGAAGCAGGAAGAAGCUGCUCGGCUUGAGAAGGAGCGAAAGGAGCUGGAGGCGAAGCGGGAAAAGGAACGCCUACAAAGGGAGGCUGAGGAACGCAAGCGCCAGCAGGAGCUUGAAGCUUUGGCAGAGGAGCGGCGAAAAAAGGAGGCUGAGGUUCGGAAAAAGGAGCAAGAAGCCCAAAGGCGGAAGGCAAUGGUGUUCGAACAACACUCUAUUUUACAAAGGAAGCUGGCUGAGGACGCACGAAAGAAGCAGGAGCAGGAAGAGGAGGAGAAGAAAAAGAAAGCUGCUGAGGAGAAGGUUCAGGAAAAGGAGCAGCGAACUGAAGCAGAUGAAGCAGAAAGAAAGGCCAAGGCAGAAAAGCUAGAUGCCAAGAUCUGGAACCAGAAGAUUCCGGACAUGAUGGAACCCACUUCAAGCCCUUGCUUCGAAGUGUACAAAUCUGGAAAGCACCAACGUACUCACGCGCUCGGCGGUGACAAGUCCAGUUGGAUCAUAGGUCGUGGUCCGGCUGGAGUGGACAUUGCCAUUGGCAACCCACGCAUCUCCAGAAAACAUGCGGAGGUGACAAGCCAGGGCCCCCUGCUGUUCUUGAACGACCUUGGCUCGACAUAUGGCACUGCCAUGAACAAAGAAAAAUUGGAGGCAAAGUCCCCGGUGGAACUGGUCAAUGGUGCCAGGUUUCGAUUUGGUGGCUUGCCUGAGCUCUAUGUGUACAGGGAGCCUGUUGAGGAGGAAGAGGAGCCUUCAUCGCCACCUGUCGAAGCAGAGGUGACUGGCACUGCUCUUGCAGAAGAUGCGCCAGACUUGCCUCCGCCUGCACCGGUGGCGCCCGAACCUGUGGCCCCGCAGAUCGAUGCAGAGGCUGCAGCCGCGGCGGCUGCGAAGGCAGCGGAAGAAGCAGAGGCCGAAGACGAGGCGAGGAUCAAACGCAUCCAGCAGAAGCGCCAGGAGCGAAAAGCAGCCGAAGCAGCAGAAAAAGCAUUGGUUGCUGCUAAAAAAGAAGAAGAGCGAAAAAAGAAGCAGGUCCUAGUUGCUUGCGACGGUGUUGCAGAGAUGGAGACAUCAAUGGAGUCCUACUGGGGAGAUGCAGAGUGUCAGGGCUAUGUCCGUGCGGUGGUAGUGAAGAAGCACAGCGCGACAGAUGACUCGCAGCUGAGUUUGAAGGUCAACGAGAUCGUCAUAAUCUUGGAGCAGGAUGAAACUGGAUGGUGGGGUGGACACAAAGAAGGGAAGGAAGAAAAGACCGGUUGGUUUCCAGGAAGUUGUGUCCGCACCCUUUCACCAACUCCUGCUGGCCAGAGUGGGCAAGAUGGGAAGUUGGCAAACUCAGCCCUGGAGUCGGUGCCCAGUCCAGCAAGGCAAAGCUACAAGGCAACAUCCCCAGAACGAGGCACCAUGCCGGAAGCUCGUGAUCGAGGUCAUUCACACUCUGCGCAGAACUCCUACCAGGAGCUGUUGUCUGAGAAUGAGCGCCUCAAGAAGGAGAACCGGGACAAGGCUAUGUUGGAAGACAGAUUGCACAAGAUGCAGAGGAAAAGUGAUGAUGACCAGAAGACGCUGCAGAAGACAAUGGCACAAAUGAGCAAACUGGAGAGAGAACUCCGUGAUUCAGAUGCAGAGCUUCAGGCAGAGAGAAAGCAGAAAGCUGCAUUGCAAAAGGAGAACACCCGCUUGAAAGAAGAGAUGAUGCAGCUACAUCAGCAACAGAUGACUGCAGCUAAUGUUGGGACAGCUGCCCAAUCAAGUCAGAAGAAGAUGGAGACUGCACAGGAGGACAGAGCAAAGCACACCAAUGACAUGAGAGCUCCCGCCAGUAGCAAUGCUCCGAGCACCUUGGCCAGUGUCAGUAGUGCGGCUGAAGAAGGUGAAGCUCCACCAGUUGGUACUGUGAAGCAAAUCCGUGAAGCCUUUGAGCGCCGAAGCAUGACGCCACAGCGUCCUGAAAGAUCUGAAAGGGAACGACCAGAAAGGGAAUACCGAAGCCUUGGAAACAUUGGCAGCCAUCGUGACGCACCAUUGCCACCAUCUAUGGCUGGCCGCUUUGUGGGGCCAGUUGACCGCCGAGAUGGUGAUGUGGACUUUGGCCUGUCCCCAAUCAGGCGAUGGAGCCAUUUGGUGUGCCCUUGUGUUCUGCAGACAAACUGGAAAGAUGGUCAGUUGGCCUUAGUGAGGGAGCGCAACCUCAAGAAACGAGCAGCCAAAGAGGCAAAAGCUGCCAAAAAGGCCCAGGCAAGCCGCCCCAAGCCAGGGACGGAGCAAGCCGAGCUGCCUGGUGAUGCCACACCACCUGACGCCCCACUACCAGAGUCAUGUAUGGCAUCGCCUCCAGAAGAGGAGCCAGAUGACUUGCCCGAUGUGCACCUGGGGCGCAGCCAGGCCAGCAGUCGAGAAAUAAUGUAA